UCUUUUUCCAGAACGUAUACCUGCUCGCUAUGUGUUGACUCUGCUUACAUUCCUUGGCCUGGGUAUCCAGUAUACCCAGAGGGUGAAUCUCAAUGUCACCAUCGUGGCUAUGGUAGACUCUUCUGUUAAUCAGGUGCAAGAAGACAACUACACAUCAGAAUGCCCCAACCUAUUUCUAGAUGACAACGACAACGAUACUUUAACCACUUUCAAGGAGGGCCAAUACCAAUGGAGUCCAUCUACUCAAGGUGUUAUACUUGGUGCCUUCUACUACGGUUACGUUUUCACUCCUCUACUGGGAGGAAGAUUAUCCGAGCUCCUGGGAGCAAAAUGGCUCCUGGGAGGAGGCAUCUUCUUCACUUCACUUCUUACCCUUAUUACACCUAUGGCAGCUGACUGGGGUGUCGCUGUUAUGGUGGCCCUCAGGGUCAUCAUAGGCGCUGCUCAGGGUGUGAAUUCAGCCUCUAUGUAUGCAAUGUUCUCGAGAUGGGCCCCCACUCAAGAAAGGAGUCGAUUGCUCUCUAUAUGCACAAUUGGUCAGCACGUGGGCACCAUAGUCACCAUGCCCACCAGUGGUUUCCUCAUACAGUAUGGCGUGGGUGGUGGAUGGCCAUCCGUCUUUUAUUUAUUUGGUAUGUUCAUUUCACUUGCUCAUUUAUUUAUUACCUCUUGGCCCGGUAGCAGAAUUUGCAGA